AAAUGGCGGGCGGUUCGGACGUGCCUUCUACGCUCUACUAGAAAAACGUUAUUUAAAGCCUUCUCUGGUGAACGAAYCCCUUCCAAGAACCUCAAGAAAGCAUAAAGGAUAAUUCUACAGCGAUCGGGAAAGUUUGGAUUAAAUCUGAAGCCAGAAUCACUGGGGAAUUUGAAAUCGUGCUGGAAGUCAUCUCAAAACCGCCCGCCAUCAUUUAUUGCAUCAUCCUUCCAACUUUGGCAUCUGAGUCAUCGAAAACCCGUGUGGGGACUGAUCAGGGGUAUAWAAGUGUCCCUCAUCACGUUGUUGGUAACAUACCAACAAUACAAGCCAAAGAAAACAAGAGACACAUUAUGGAUUGCAUUGAGUAUUAUAAAAAUUAUAACAAGAAAAAUCAUCUGGAAAUAGCAAAAGCGUGUCAACAGCGAAAAUAUUUAACGAACAAUACUGAUAMCCAUCACUGGGUUUAUAUUUAUAGUCAUCAAGGUAUUUUUCCUUGUCCUCAAGAAGAGAUAAACAAAGGGUAAAAGCUGAAUCCUGCUUUAGGAAUCAUAGAAUUAUUUAUCAAGAUUUUCCAAGAAGUUGGAGAAAAAAUUUCAGCCUUCAAGAUGUUGGGAUAUUUAAUGAAUGGAUUCCUACGCCUCCUGCUUCGAGUUUGGACUUUUGGACUGUUUCAUUUUCUGGAUAAUCGUUUAUUUUUGUGGAUAAAAGAUCUGGCAACUCCACGACUGUCUUACAAGAAAAUUCCUCACUAUAGUGAAGAAAGGAUAGAUACUAGAUUAUGUCUGUUAAAAACAAAUCAAAAUCCCUGGAAUAGCUUAAUGUUAUCAAGUUUAAGGACUUCCAAGAAGUUGCCGUAUAUCUUGGUGGCAAAGAUGAUGAUUGCUACUUCUAAAACAACUGAAAAGACUUUUAUUCCCAACAGUUAUCAAUCUGAUUGUUGUGCUCAAGAAUAUUUCAAAUUACAUAGCGUUUCUGAGGCAGCAGAAAUGGGGGACAAGAAUUUUAAGACUGAGGCAAUGUUUGAGGACAAUUAUUCUCUUCUUCCAAGAGAAAUUUUACCAUCUUCUCUUAACACAAAGAAACAAGACAUGGGUGUGCUAGAAGAGUGUAUUUUCAAAGAUUUUUAUCAUGGCCUUCUACAAAAAGAAAAAGAAAAGAUGGAUCUAUUGAAGCCAGACGAUUCAGCAUUGGCUAACUGUGAAAAACACUGCAGCAGUGCAGCAAGUAUUGAUUCAGGGUACCAGUCCUUUCCAUCCGUAGAAUCAGCUUACACCUGUAUUGAAGAAGAGGGCGUCACUUUGUAUGUGUCUGACUGUCGUUACAACAAAGAAGGAAAACUCAUUUGUAUGAGUGUUGGUUUUGGAGUUACCGAAGAUUCGACAACUUCUAGUGAUGCCUUAGUAUCCGAUAUUAGACUUUCAGAUGAAUUGGACUCUGAAUGUGAAAGCUCUGAUGAAGAAGAUUUCAUAGUUUUUGAUGCUGAUUCUUCAUGUGAAGAUGCUGACAUAUGCAGCUUUGAUGGCUUUGUUUUCGAAGGCACAGCAGAGGAAAUCUCUGUUGCUAUGUCUAUGAACACAUGCUGUCACUCUACAUUAGGAAUAAGAAUUGCUCAAACAUUACCAGACCCUUACCGUUGUUCUUGUGACGAAGUAGACUUUGGUGUUUUUCAGGAACACAAGAAAUCCCAGGACAAAAAAGACAUUGAGAGUACCGAGACAAGAACAAAUGAUUUAAGUAACAGCACAAGCAUUGUUCCAAAAAAGAAAAGAGUCCAGUUUCAAGUAGAUAAGCCCGAAGUUCAUGAAAUUAUCGCUUGGGAUUUUGCUUAUYGCCAAGCAAGAAUAGGACACUGGAAAAAUUAUGCAACAGAUAGAAUGCAAUUUCGAAGACGAAUCGAUCAAACUGCUAAAAUAAUAGAACCAGUACUGGAAAAGAAAAUAUUUCAAAUGAAUAUUUAAAAAUAUGCUUCUAAAAUAUAUUCUAUUUUUGUUAGAUUAAAGUUUAAAAUUGAACAGCUUUUUCUAUUACAAAUGAUGCUGAAAGGCCUAUGAUUCAUGAAAAUAGGUCCUAAACCUUUAAAAUUUUCAUUUAUGCACAAAAAAAAAUUGAGAAUCUUUUAGAAUACUCCUAGUAGUUUCAUCUUUAAUGCAGACAAAUAUUUCAAGAUAUACGUUUUUUUCUGAGAAUAACUUAAAAAACAUAUUUCUUGGAAAAAUAGGCCUUUAAAAACAUAUUUUACUAUAUUUACUGAUGCAAUUUCUGACAUAUAAAUAAUUUGCCAUAAAUUACUGAGGAACAAGUUUAGCAAGUUUAAUAUUCCGGCCUUUUAGAUAAACUUCAAGGUCAUUAAACAUGUUUUUAAUUAGCAGGAACUAUUCGUCUGCCCACACGAAUGCUAUUGAAAAAAUAAAAUGAAUUUUUUUUGAUUUACAAA